AUGCCGACCGGUGAUCCGCCGGCGUUAGCAUUCAUGACCCAGCGGGUAGCCUGCGGAAAACCAGAGUUCGGUUCCGGUGGGAUAUCUUCCAUUUUCUUUCUUUCUUAUUUUUCUUACUCUCUCUCUCUCUCUCUCUCUCUCUCUCUCUCUCUCUCUCAUAAUUUGUUUCUUUCUAUCUAUCUCUUCUGGUUUCUAUCUCUUCCGGUUUAUGCUUUUAUCGUUCUCUCUUUUGUAAUUUUUGUUUCUCUUUCUCUCUCUCUCUCUCUCUCUCUCUCUCAUAAUUUGUUUCUUUCUAUCUAUCUCUUCUGGUUUCUAUCUCUUCCGGUUUAUGCUUUUAUCGUUCUCUCUUUUGUAAUUUUUGUUUUUCUCUUUCUCUCUCUCUAUCUAUCUCUCUCUCUCUCUCUUUCCUUAUGUUUUUUUUUCCGUUUUGAGUUACGGUUUCUCUUUAUUUCAUCAUCUUUCUUUUCUUUCUCCUUAUAUUUUCUGUCUCUCUCUAUUAAAUUAUUCUUUCUUUCUCUUUCUUUCUGA